UAAAAUUCUAAUAUUUUUUGGGUUCUUAAGAGAGAGAGAGAGAGACCAACUUCUCUGACUGCAACUCUUCCGCGACUUGUUCUUCAAACUUGAGACCUUUCUUGCUUCCCUUCUCUCUCUCUCUGCGAUUCUCCCCACAUUGCUCUUCACCAAAGCUCAAAGCUUUCUCAAGCCAAGCUCCAGCAGACGCCCACGCCCUUCAUUAUUAGUCUGGCGAUUCAUUUUCCAAAUCUCGCAGAUCUGAUUAGCUGACCCAGUCUCCGUCGCCGUUAAUUUGGGUCCGGAUCAGACAUGCCGGUGGCUGCUUCCGCCGUUUACUUCUUGAACCUCCGCGGAGAUGUCCUCAUCAACCGUCUCUACCGUGAUGACGUCGGGGGUGUUUUGUCUGGGAUCAUAUAUAUGUGGGUGGCAAACUUCAACCAUGGAUAUGUGUCGGCCAAAAACAUAUAUGUGGUCGGAGAAACUGACUCUGAAAUUGCCAAGUUAGGCCAAAUGAGAUCAGUUGAUCUGGGGAAUGUCGGUGAGAAUGAGGAGGCGAGGAAGAAUCUAAAUAUUACUGCAUUUUUCAACAUGAUAUGCACAUUCCCGUAUCCACAAGACACACAAAAUCCUAAUUGUUUGAUUUAUCUCGAUGAACUUUUUUAUUUUUUGCUUAUCUUGGACGAUGUUCCUAAUACUCCAAAUAUUGAGUGGAAACAGUAUAACAUACUCAACUCGCCUAACCGUCCUCUGUGGAUGGACUACAUAGGCGAGAGGAGGAUCUUCUGGCAUGAGUCUUAUACCAAGGUUAACCGAUUAAAAGAAGUCAAGCUGAAACUGUAUCAGAAGUUGGAGAAGAUGAUGAAGAAAAGGUUGAGUCACUAUAGCAUCGAUGGUAUCGAUUGGAUUUCCAAUGUGACUUACAGUGGUCACCCGGCCUCUAUUCAUUGCCUAAUGUAUUAUACUGUUGGAGGUACGCCAGUGAAUUACAACCUAAACAACCCAUUCUCCUUUCUUAAGUUCGCACGACACUUCGGGGAACAUGCAAAUAAUGUAGGCGAUCAAGGAGCGGAUCGAUACAUCUGGUCUUAUUAUCCAGGGUACAUGUGUGUACUCCAUGAAGUCUUAUCUGGAUUUCGGAUAUUCCCAAAGGAUCCCCCGUAUGGUGAGUGUGCUUCCAGAGUCUUAUCACAAUGUCUCAAUCUUAGUGGGUAUGUUCCCACAGCAUCUCGAGCAACAAUUGCAAACGAUGGUUUAGGUUCUUCAUCAACCUGA